CAAAACACACCCUAUUAUUCCGGAACGCGGUACAGAAUAGAGAAGCGCAGUCAAGGACUGCUCCUGCAUCUGCAGCCCCACCGCAGAGGCCGACGGGAACAAUUCGGUCCAGCCCUCCGGCUUCCCGCGAAAUCUAUAGGCGGGGGCGCGAAGCGGGAGUUUGGGGGAAAAUUUCGCGGGCCGGGGCGAGCAGAGCCGCCGCCUCGCGGGGAAAGAUGGGGAAGGAGCGGGAGCGGGAGGAGCAGGUGGCCAUGGUGCGCGCGGUGCUCGGCGAGGGCACGCCGGAGAUGGAUAUCAUCCGCGCGCUCCACAUGGCUGGCGAUGACCCCACCAAGGCCAUCAACAUCCUCCUCGACUUCCUCCAGAAGCCACCGCCAUCGCCGUCGCCCUCCCCCUCCCCACCGCCUGCCAAACCUGCCAAAACCCUCACCGAGUCAACCCCACCGAGCAGUGUCCCUACGCAUCCCAAGCCCACGGCAGAGAAACCUAAGCCCGCGCCUGCGCCCGCGACAACCAACGGCGGCGGUGAGCACUGGUGGUUGGUGGGGAGCGCCGAGAUGGCGGGGUUGGCCACCUGCAAGGGCAGACGAAUUGCCCCUGGGGACGCGGUCACCUUCUCCUUCCCCAACGCCACGGCUGCCGCCGCCGCGGCGGGCAAGAGCCGUCCCGGCCGCCCCGGCCUUGCUUCCUGCUCCUCCGGGAUCAUGCGCUUCUCCACCCCGAACCACGGGGAGGUGGGUCGCAUCCCCAAUGAGUGGGCACGGUGCCUCCUUCCCCUUCUCAAGGAGAACAAGAUAAAAGUCCAGGGCUCGUGCAAAUCAGCUCCUGAGGCGCUUAGCAUUAUGGACGCCGUCCUCUUAUCCGUGUGUGUAUAUAUCAACAGCUCAAUGUUUCACGAUCAAAAGCAAUCGACGCCCAAAGCCGCUCGGGUUGCUCCUGAGGAUUCCACAUUUCACCCACUACCUGCACUUUUUAAGUUGAUUGGGCUUGCCCCUUUUAAAAAGGCCGCAUUUACUCCAGAAGAUCUUUAUUCCAGGAAGCGACCGAUUGAAACAAAGAGCAGUAUCGGAGUGCCUGCCACUAAGUUGACAUCCGAGAAAUUGAGAUUAUCUUCUGGUGGAAAUGAAGAUGAUCAGGAUGAAGAAACUGUUUCAGAUUCAGAUUUGGAUGAUCUAAUUGGAAUCACUGACAGUUCUGCACUGGAGGAAAGGGCUCCCCCUGAUUCUCUGCAGUGCGAUCUACGCUCUUAUCAAAAGCAGGCCCUUCAUUGGAUGCUGCAACUUGAGAAAGGAAGUUCUUACCAGGAUGCAGCUACAACCCUUCACCCUUGUUGGGAAGCAUAUAAACUCGAGGACAAGAGGGAACUAGUUUUGUACUUGAAUGUGUUUUCAGGCGAUGCCACAACUGAGUUCCCUAGUACAUUACAACUUGGCAGAGGAGGGAUUCUGGCAGAUGCAAUGGGAUUGGGGAAGACUAUUAUGACUAUUGCUCUUCUUCUUUCUGAUUCUGGCAAAGGAUGCAUCACUACUCACCAUACCACUCAGAUCUGUGGAGAAGCUAGAGGGUUGGGUGAAUUGCCUACUCAUUCUCAUGAUGCUGUGAAGAAGCUUGCUAGCCCUUUCUCUUUUAGUAAGCUUAGAAAACAUAAGGCUCCACUUAUUGGAGGUGGCAAUCUAAUCGUCUGCCCAAUGACUCUACUUGGUCAGUGGAAGGCGGAGAUUGAAGCUCAUACUAAGCCGGGCAUUGUGAAUAUAUAUGUUCAUUAUGGACAAAACAGACCAAAAGAAGCAGGUUUUGUCGGUCAGAGUGAUAUUGUCCUGACUACAUAUGGUGUCGUGGCAUCAGAAUUUUCAACUGAUGGUUCAAUAGAAAAUGGUCCUCUCUACUCUGUAAAUUGGUUCAGAGUUGUGCUUGAUGAAGCACACAUGAUAAAGUCUUCUAGAAGUUUGAUAUCCCUAGCUGCUGCUUCUCUGACAGCUGAUCGGCGCUGGUGUCUCACCGGUACACCAAUUCAGAACAACUUGGAGGAUCUGUACAGCCUUUUUCGGUUUUUGAGAGUUGAACCAUGGAGGAACUGGGCCUUGUGGCAUAAACUUGUACAAAAACCAUACGAAGAAGGUGAUGAAAGAGGCUUAAAGCUAGUGCAGUCUAUUUUAAAGCCAAUAAUGUUGAGAAGGACUAAAAAUAGCACAGACAAGGAGGGCAGACCGAUCGUUACUUUACCCCCUGCGAAUAUUGAAGUAAAAUAUUGUGAUUUGUCAGAGGCUGAGAAGGAUUUCUAUGAAGCUCUAUUUCGAAAAUCUAAGGUAAAAUUUGAUCAAUUUGUGGAGCAAGGAAGGGUCUUGCACAACUAUGCUUCAAUUUUGGAGUUACUUUUGCGCCUUCGGCAAUGCUGUGACCAUCCGUUCCUUGUUCUGAGUCGUGGGGAUACACAGGAGUUUGCAGACCUAAACAAGCUUGUGAAGCGUUUCCUGCAUGGUGGUAAUGGUGCCGUUAAUGGGGAUUCUUCUUGCCUCCCCUCUAGAGCUUACAUUGAAGAGGUUGUCCAAGAACUGCAGAAAGGUGAAGGGGAGUGCCCUAUUUGCCUAGAAGCCUUUGAGGAUGCUGUAUUAACUUCCUGUGCCCACCGUUUAUGCCGAGAGUGUCUGUUGUCUAGUUGGCGAAGUGCAACAGCAGGUCUUUGUCCUGUCUGUAGGUCAAUGAGCAAACAAGAUCUCAUAACUGCUCCAACUGAUAGCCGCUUUCAAGUUGAUGUCGAUAAAAACUGGGUUGAAUCUUCCAAGAUAUCUGCUCUCCUGCUGGAGUUAGAAGCUCUUCGCAGUUCAGGUGCCAAGAGCAUCGUGUUUAGCCAGUGGACUGCAUUUUUAGAUCUCUUGCAAAUUCCACUUUUGAGAAAUAACUUCUCAUUUGCUAGGCUGGAUGGGACGUUGAAUCAUCACCAGAGAGAGAAAGUAAUCAAGGAGUUCUCGGAGAACAAAAGCAUUUUGGUUCUACUUAUGUCUCUGAAGGCUGGUGGUGUUGGUAUAAACCUUACUGCUGCAUCUAAUGCAUUUGUCAUGGACCCUUGGUGGAAUCCUGCUGUCGAAGAACAAGCUGUAAUGCGCAUCCAUCGAAUUGGUCAAACAAAGACUGUUUCUAUCAAAAGAUUCAUUGUGAAGGGCACUGUUGAAGAACGAAUGGAAGCCGUGCAGGCCCGUAAGCAGCGAAUGAUUUCUGGAGCGUUGACAGAUCAAGAAGUCCGCACCGCACGUAUAGAAGAACUGAAGAUGCUUUUCUCUUGAGACACAAAAGGGUUAUCGAUAAUCUGAUGUCAUUUCUUGCACAUCGCAUCCAUGGCUACCAAAAGAUGGUCAGCGUUCUUUUUCUCAGCAGAAAGAGGAAGGUAAAACGGGGUAAGAAUUCCGAGUGUCGUCACCCAAAUAGCUUACAUCGUCCGGCGUUUAGUUGCUGUUGUACACAUGAUUUUGUAUAUAUUUCAUGAACAGUGAUUAAACAAAAUGAGAGUCGGCAGAAGAAAAGGUGUAUCGUGCCAUUUUCUUACGGAACGGUGCCGAUUUGUACUUAAAAAGAAAAACCUUAAUGCCUUAGUGUUGUUAAGGUUUUUUCCUUGAUAAUAUGUUAAUGAGGAUAAUUGGUUUUUCUUCAUGAUCUAGGAAUCUAACAAGAGACGAGGUAUAUAUGAUGUAUAUAGGUUCGGAUCCUUGAUUGAAGUAAUAUCUUAUGUCCUGGGUGGUUGUUGAUAUAUAUGUA